GUGACCGGCAAUGGCGGCGCUGACAAGAGUCCUGGUCAGCUGAGUGUGGAAACAGAGGGAUUUCUGCUGCUCUCAUCGUCCAUGGGCUUUCCAGGUCACACAACCUACAAGUAGGGAGCAGGAACAGAGAGAGCGAGCCUGCAUGCCAAUUCCAAGCUCUUCAGGAUCCAAUGUCGUUCGUCCUGUCCAGAAUGGCAGCCUGUGGAGGCACCUGCAAGAACAAAGUGACUGUCUCCAAGCCUGUGUGGGACUUCCUCAGCAAGGAGACCCCCGCCCGGCUGGCCCGGCUUCGGGAGGAGCACCGUGUGUCCAUUCUCAUAGACGGCGAAACUUCUGACAUCUAUGUCCUCCAGCUUUCCCCCCAGGGCCCUCCCCCAGCCCCUCCCAAUGGGCUCUACCUGGCCCGGAAGGCUCUCAAGGGGCUGCUCAAAGAGGCAGAGAAAGAGCUGAAGAAAGCUCAGAGGCAGGGGGAGCUUAUGGGCUGCCUGGCUUUGGGGGGUGGAGGGGAGCACCCUGAGCUGCACCGCCCAGGCCCGCCCCCUCUCCGAGCAGCCCCACUCCUGCCCCCAGGGGCACGGGGGCUGCCCCCCCCUCCUCCUCCCCUGCCCCCUCCUCUUCCCCCCCGCCUUCGGGAGGAGGCAGAAGAGCAGGAGAGCACCUGCCCCAUCUGUCUGGGGGAGAUCCAGAAUGCCAAGACAUUGGAGAAGUGCCGGCACUCGUUCUGCGAGGGUUGCAUCACCCGGGCCCUGCAGGUGAAAAAGGCCUGCCCCAUGUGUGGCCGCUUCUAUGGGCAGCUGGUGGGCAACCAGCCCCAGAAUGGGCGGAUGCUGGUCUCUAAGGAUGCCACACUCCUACUACCCAGCUAUGAGAAGUACGGCACCAUCGUCAUCCAGUACGUCUUCCCGCCCGGUGUCCAGGGGGCUGAACACCCAAACCCAGGAGUCCGGUAUCCUGGCACCACACGGGUGGCCUACCUUCCGGACUGCCCUGAGGGCAACAAGGUGCUGACCCUGUUCCGCAAGGCAUUUGACCAGCGUCUCACCUUCACUAUCGGCACGUCCAUGACCACAGGGAGACCGAAUGUCAUCACCUGGAACGACAUCCACCACAAGACCAGCUGCACAGGGGGACCACAGCUGUUUGGGUACCCGGACCCCACCUACCUGACCCGGGUGCAAGAGGAGCUGAGAGCCAAGGGCAUCACCGAUGACUGAAGGACAUCCCCUUUGGGAGGCCCCUGCUGUUCUCCUUCAGUAGGACCCAGUGGGAGCCUCUGUUGUCUCUCCCUCUGCCCCCCUCAUCACUCAAGUAGGGGACUGUCUGACUGGGGAAGGGGUUCAGAGAAGGAGGGGCGAUCCCUUCCCCAGUCCCCCACAGGCUGAGUGCUUCAGUGCAGUGUGAGCCACUCCCUUCUGGCAGAGUCUGAUGUCCCAGGCUCUGCUCCCCUCCUCCCCAUGUACAUACUCCCAGUCUUCCUGCCCCCUCCAUUGCCCUUGGCUUUUUCUGGUUUGUGAUGUGCUCCAGUGACUAAGCUGAGAAAGGACCUGGGUGGGGAGGAGAGGGUCUCUUGAUCCCCCCCCCCAUACUGCUCCACUGCUGAAUUUCUGCGCUGGGAGAGGGGUCAGGCUGCUGUGAGCCCCCGUAGAGCCGGCCGCGUGUGUUCUUCAGAAACAAUUCCCCUUCUCCCUUAACCUUGUCCUUUCUCUCCUGUGUCUCUGUCUUUGUCAGUCUUUCUCCCACUCUUCUCUGCCCCCUAGAAGGAGCCUCCUUACCCUGUUCUGGAAUCGCCGCCAGACUGUAGCUUUUAAUUUAAUAAAAAUAAAGUAAAAUAUGCA